AUUGAUCUCAGAAAUAUCGGAGAGCUUUUUCCUGGCAAGUUGUCGCAAGAACAAACUUCUGAGCGAGUAAUCUCGAUUGAUAACCGCGACUCAAUUAGAAAAUCAGUCAUGUUUCAUGUUCCAAACGUGAACACAAUUUCGAUGCAGUAUUUUGACGAAAUAAUCAAAUCAAAGAUUGGUAUAAUAGCAGCGUAAAAAGAAGCAAGAAAAUGGUUUUCUUGGAUGCGAUUUGCCCAGCAACGAUUAAAGUGGAAGACGCUCGGUUAUUUUAUCAAGUUAACAAGGAUGAUUUUGAAGGUCAGAGUUCUGGAAAGAAAAGAAAGCUGAAUGGAAUAUGUGAUAGUGACUGUGGUGUUCAUUUGGACAAGAAGUUCUCUGUGCCUCCACGAAUGAUUGAAGGUUUUGAUUGGCUAGCAGAAGAGGUGAAGUCGGAAUGCGGAUGGGAGGCUCCCAAGAAAUCGAGGGAUUCUAAAGGGAAAGUAUUACAUAAUGGAGAUAUGAACGCUUCAAAUGAAUCAUCUCUACCGCCUCCAUCUCAUUAUUUGUUGAGUCCAUCCCAAAUGACUGAACUGGGAUACCCGGACGAAAACGAACUAAUGAGUGCUUGUGGCUACAUGCGCAUUCCUUCAGUGUCCAAAGUGGAUCUCACUUCAGAUAGUCCCCUUCUGGCUAUAGACUGUGAAAUGUGUCUAGUGAGAAACAGAUACACUCUGCAGUCUGAGUCAGCACUGACUAGAGUUGCAGUUGUGGAUGAGAAAUAUAACACACUAUAUGAUACUCUGGUGAAACCGAAGGGCAGAGUGUAUGACUACCUCACCCGGUUCAGUGGCAUAACAGAAGACAUGCUACUGAACGUGAAGACCACUCUAGACCAGGUGCAGAGAGAAGUGAUGAGAGUGAUACCCCCCAAUGCAAUUUUAGUAGGACACAGUCUCAAUUUCGAUCUACAUGCACUGAAGAUGGUGUAUCCCCACGUAAUAGACACCAGUCAAGUUCUGAAGAAACCAUCCUGGUCCCCUGUUAGGCUGAAGCACUACAUCAAGGCACUACUAGAACAGUCCAUACAGAAGAACGAACGGGGCCAUGAUCCAGUGGAAGAUGCAGUUGCUGCCAUGAGGUUGGCCCAGGUGAAGAUAGCAAAUGGGCCUCAGUUCUACUUCAGAACUGCACACGGGGUCACGAUGGAGGCUGUCACUAGUAGAUGUGUGUUUGGGUUAUCUCCACCAACCCAACCAGGUGUAUUCGAAGGAGUUAUAAUGGACAAGCCUUGUAAGAAGAAACAGCUCUACUAUAAAAUUGACGGAGCUCUUUUCCACCCUAUUGUAUGUGAUCACGAACUAAACCACGAACUACAUCAAAUGCUUGCCAUUAAAGAAACAACUUCAGCUAGUCUGUUUUAUUUAGUAUCGAGGGGUAUAGAAGAACUUUUGAGUUUGCAGAAAGAAUAUAGAAUAGACGAAGAACGUCAAAAAAGAAGAGUGUCAAAAACAGUUCGACUUGUCACUCAAAUUUUGUCAAAACUACCAGAAAACUCUUUAUUUUGUGUUCUUGUUUCUUCGGAAAUUAGUGGAUUUGUUGCUCAAACUUGUAAGGCGUAUUUGUUUUUGUCUUAAGAUUGAGCGUUAAAAUUGUUAUUAUUGAACAAAAAAGCACAUGAAAA